GAGCGAGCGGAGCGAAGGACGCUUAAGAAUACGGUCGCUGGAGCGAGGUCACGUGACCUCGCGGCCGAGACGCGGCAGAGUGGGUCCGGAGGCCCGGAGCCAGCACGACACCAGGACUGCAAAGAUGAUGUUACCAACUCUAUGGCAUCGACCUCACUAGCGACAGCAGAUCCCAAUGGUACUGACAUUGAUCAUGAGAUAGCCCUCGGUGACCAACCCCUCUUCAUCGAUAUUGAACUACCUCACAUGCCAGUGCCCGUCAACGACGCUACAGAUACGGCCUUCGCAACGCGCUUCCGGCAAAUAAUCUCUGGACCCGCCGCCUCUUCGAAUUGCACAAUGCAUAUUAGUCGCACGGAGUUCGUUAGUGAUGAGAAGGCGAUGCUAUUAGCGGAUACACCCUGCCCGUGGCCAGUUCCUUCCAAAGCCCGCUUUCUUAUGGAAGUAGCUCUGAGGCAUGCCGGCGGAUGCUUCCACGUUGUGCGUAAGAGUUGCGUUCUGGACGCCAUCGAGCGCAGUUUCCACGAUCCAAGCUGGAGGGAUCCAAUCAUGAAAUGCAAAAUAUGGGCUUUGUUUAGCAUUGGAGAGGUAUACUCGUCAAGAAUGAUCCUACUCCAUCAGGAGUUUCCCGGCUUGCAUUAUUUUGCCAAGGCAACAAAGAUACUGACCUAUCUCGGCGAACGGCCUACUCUUGACUUAUUGGAAAUCAGGCUCCUACUAUCAUUUUAUUCUCUGUCUGUCAACCGCCAAUACGCUGCCUACACUUUGGCAGGAUCUUCAGUUCGUAUGGCUGUUAUUUUGGGACUGCAUCUCGAUAUGACUGGCACCCAUCUGAAUGAUGUUGCUUUGAGAGAGCAUCGCAAGCGAUUAUGGUGGACCACAUAUAUCUUUGAUCGCCUCUGGUCAUCGAAGCUUGGACACCCGCCUGCAAUCCACGACGACGAUAUGAGAAUUGACUUACCGAGCAACCCCGAAACUGAGAUUGACGCAACAGGGGAUUUUGCUGACGCUGCUUGCUGCGCAGCUAUUGCCAAACUCUCCAGCAUUAUCACAAGAGUUGUUCGGACGGUGUAUGGAAAAAGCAGACAGGCAGGCACUCUUUUCAAUAGGGUACAACAAGCAUUGAAAGAACUCAAAGCCUUAUUUGCGGACUUACCACCUCAUUUGAACAUGGAAGCUACUGCAUCCUACAAGCAUGGGAAACUCAGCCUCAUGUAUCUCCAUCUCACACUCAACCAGGCCAUCAUCUUAUCGACACGUCCGAUUCUUCUGCAUGGCCUGCGCAUUCAUUUCGCAAACCGGCAAUCGAAGAAGGCAUCGGAAGGGAGCCAGCCACGAUCGAUUCAUCAAUCAGCCAGGACCCUUAUCGAGGCCUGCAUACGAUGUGCAAGAUACUCUUGCCGGACUCUGGUCGAGAGCUGGAUUGAUGGGUCAUUUCCAACAUUUGACCAUCUAUUGACGCAGUACCUCUUCUCCGCACUUACCGUACUCGCAAUCUCAAGUUUAAUGAACGAUGCAGAGAGCUCGAGUGACAAAGGACAGUUUGAAGAAUCGGUCCAACUUCUGGAACAGCUCAAAGACAGUGGCAAUUUCAGCGCCCAGGAACUUUUCCAGCAUGUCAAAGCUCUACUGGAUGACCUUGAAGAAGUACAAACCACGAAAUCAGAUUCUAAAUCCGGGCCUGCGACAGUUCUUGACGACUUGGCCUCUGAUCCUAGUGGGGGACAAUCUCAGCUCGAUCGGCAUACUAGUCAGAUGGCAACAGCUGAGAUGGCGUUGGCUGAGCCCUCCAUGCAGGAGCUGCUCAUGCAAUCGGAUCUGGACAUGCAGCUGCUUGAUUCCAUGGUGUUGGACGAUACAUCGGGGUUCUACUGGCCUGACAUUGAUAAUCAGGGUUGGGUAACAGGACUAGGGCCUUAG